UCGCGCGCGCCUGGACCAAGUCGCGCGCCUGGACCAAGUCGCGCGCCUGGACCAAGUCGCGCUCCUGGACCAAGUCGCGCGCCUGGACCAAGGCGCGCCCCUGGACCAAGGCGCGCUGCUGGACCAAGUCGCGCGCCUGGACCAAGGCACGCGCCUGGACCAAGUCGCGCAUCUGGACCAAGUCGCGCGCCUGGACCAAGGCGCGCUCCUGGACCAAGGCGCGCGCCUGGACCAAGGCGCGCACCUGGACCAAGUCGCGCGCCUGGACCAAGUCGCGCGCCUGGACCAAGGCGCGCGCGCCUGGACUAAGUCGCGCGCCUGGACCAAGUCGUGCUCUUGGACCAAGGCGCGCGCCUGGACCAAGUCGCGCGCCUGGACCAAGUCGCGCGCCUGGACCAAGUCGCGCGCUUGGACCAAGGCGCGCGCCUGGAACAAGUCGCGCGCCUGGACCAAGUCGCGCGCCUGGACCAAGGCGCGCGCCUGGACCAAGGCGCGCGCGCCUGGACCAAGUCGCGCGCCUGGACCAAGUCGCGCUCCUGGACCAAGUCGCGCGCCUGGACCAAGGCACGCGCGCAUGGACCAAGUUGCGCGCCUGGACCAAGGCGCGCUCCUGGACCAAGGCGCGCGCCUGGACCAAGGCGCGCUCCUGAACCAAGGCGCACGCCUGGACCAAGUCGCGCGCCUGGACCAAGGCGCGUGCGCCUGGACCAAGCCGCGCGCCUGGAUUAAGCCGCGCACCUGGACCAAGGCGCGCGCCUGGACCAAGGCGCGCGCCUGGACCAAGGCGCGCUCCUGGACCAAGGCGCGCGCCUGGACCAAGUCGCGCCUGGACCAAGGCGCGCUCCUGGACCAAGGCGCGCGCCUGGACCAAGUCACGCGCCUGGACCAAGUCGCGCGCCUGGACCAAGUCGCGCGCCUGGACCAAGUCGCGCGCGUGGACCAAGUCAAGCGCCGGGACCAAGUUGCGCGCCUGGACCAAGUCGCGCGCCUGGACCAAGGCGCGCGCCUGGACCAAGUCGCGCGCGCCUGGACCAAGUCGCGCGCCUGGACCAAGUCGCGCGCCUGGACCAAGUCGCGCUCCUGGACCAAGUCGCACGCCUGGACCAAGGCGCGCUCCUGA